AAUUCUCCACUUUACCAGUACUUACAGGAUCUGGGACACACAGACUUUGAAAUAUGUUCUUCUCUGUCACCAAAACCAGAAAAAUGUACAGUGACAGAGGGACAACAAAAGCCUUCUACAAAAGCCCUGCCAAAACAAAGCAUCCUGUUAAAAGUGGCUGAAACCAUUAAAAGCUGGAUCUUUUCUAAGUGCAAUAAGAAAGAUGACUUACUUCACAAGUUGGAUAUUGGAUUCCGACUUGACUCACUGCAUACCAUCCUGCAACAGGAAGUUCUGUUACAAGAGGAUGUGGAACUGAUUGAGCUACUUGAUCCCAGUAUCCUGUCUGCAGGGCAACCUCAACAACAGGAAAAUGGACACCUUCCAACACUUUGCUCCCUGGCAACCCCUAAUAUUUGGGAUGUCUCAAUGCUAUUCGCCUUCAUUAGUUUGCUCAUUAUGCUUCCUACCUGGUGGAUUGUAUCUUCUUGGCUGAUAUGGGGAGUGAUUCUAUUUAUUUAUCUGAUCAUAAGGGCUUUGAGAUUAUGGAGGACAGCCAAACUACAAGUAACCCUAAAAAAAUACAAUGUCCAUUUGGAAGAUACAGCAACAAAUAGUCGAGCUUUUACUAACCUUGUGAGGAAAGCUUUACGACUCAUUCAAGAAACUGAAGUCAUUUCCAGAGGAUUCACACUUUUGCUUGACAGGGUCAGUGCUGCUUGCCCAUUUAAUAAAGCUGGACAGCAUCCCAGUCAGCAUCUCAUCGGUCUUCGGAAAGCUGUUUACAGAACUGUAAGAGCCAACUUUCAAGCAGCAAGGCUAGCUACCCUAUAUAUGCUGAAAAACUACCCCCUGAAUUCUGAGAGUGACAACAUAACCAACUACAUCUGUGUGGUGCCUUUUAAGGAGCUGGGCCUUGGACUUAGUGAAGAUCAGAUUUCAGAAGAGGAAGCACAUAACCUUACAGAUGGCUUCAGCCUGCCUGCUUUAAAGGUUUUAUUCCAACUCUGGGUGGCACAGAGUUCAGAGUUCUUCAGACGGUUAGCCCUCUUACUUUCUACAGCUAAUUCACCUCCUGAACCGUUACUUACUCCAGCACUUUUGCCUCAUCAUAUUUUAUCUGAUGUGACUCAAGGUCUACCUCAUGCUCAUUCUGCCUGCCUGGAAGAGCUUAAGCGCAGCUAUGAGUUUUAUCGGUACUUUGAAACUCAGCACCAGUCAGCACCCCAGUGUUUAUCCAAAACUCAGCAGAAGUCAAGAGAACUGAAUAACGUUCACACAGCAGUUCGCAGCUUGCAGCUUCAUCUGAAAGCAUUACUGAAUGAGGUAAUAAUUCUUGAAGAUGAACUUGAAAAGCUUGUUUGUACUAAAGAAACACAAGAACUAGUGUCAGAAUCCUAUCAAAUCCUAGAACAGAAAUUAAAGUUGAUUCAGCCCCAUGUUCAAGCAAGCAACAAUUGCUGGGAAGAGGCCAUCUCUCAAGUGGACAAACUGCUACGAAGGAAUCCAGACAGAAAAGGCAAGCCUGAAAUAGCAUGUGAAAACCCACGUUGUACUGUGGUACCUUUGAUGCAGCCUGCUCUACAUAUUGCAGACAAAGACCCAAUCCCUGAGGAGCAGGAAUUAGAAGCUUAUGUAGAUGAUAUAGAUAUGGACAGUGAUUUCAGAAAGGAUGACUUUUAUUACUUGUCUCAAGAUGACAGAGAGAGACAGAAGCGUGAACAUGAAGAAUCCAAGAGGGUACUCCAAGAAUUAAAAUCUGUGCUAGGAUUUAAAGCUUCAGAGGCAGAAAGGCAGAAGUGGAAGCAGCUUCUAUUCAGUGAUCACGCUGUGUUGAAAUCCUUGUCUCCUGUAGACCCAGUGGAACCCAUAAGUAAUUCAGAACCAUCAGUGGAUUCAGAUAUGGGGGAAGUUGGUAAAAAUGAUACCGAAGAGGAAAAUAGUAAACCCUCCACAACUGACAGUGAACUAAGUAGUAGGACUGAAUAUUUAUGUGAAAACCCUCUAGAUGGUAAAAAUAAAGACAAUCCUACAAGUGAAGUCUUCUGCCAAGGAAUUGACGAAAGAGUGUGUUACCAAUGUGAGAGUGAAGAUGAAUCUCAGCAGACAGAUACAGGUAGCCUGGCCACUGCCUAUUCAACUCCCAGGGACUCUUUACAGCCCUCUAUUAAGCAGAGGCUGGCACGGCUACAGCUGUCACCGGAUUUUACCUUCACUGCUGGCAUUGCUGCAGAAGUGGCCGCUAGAUCUCUCUCUUUUACCACCAUACAGGAACAGACUUUUGGUGAUGAGGAAGAAGAACAAAUAAUACAUGAAAAUAAAAUUGAGGUAGAAGAAAACUAAGAACCAAGAUUUACAUGAAGGAUUUUAAAUUAUCCCUCUUAUGAAAGUGUUUUAGCUUCAAGACUAGAUAUUCCACUGGAAAGGGAAAAUGAGUGUGAGUUUACUAUAUAUAAAGCUAAGAUGUGAAUUUACAGCAAGAACCCUGGUUUGAACAACUGAUCUGAAAAUAGUAGUUACUUGUAAAUAGCAAAUCUUUUAGGAAAAUGAGAAAGGUAAGGGCUCUUUUGAAUAAACUGCUGUUUUAUUUGCAGCACAACUGAUCAAUCUUGGAAAUUCUUUAAGUACUUUUAAUAAGAAAUGAAUUUACAUUUCUUGCCACAAUUUGCUACUGUAAAAUGACUGGGAUAAUUCUGUUGCAAGAACAUUAACAUUUAGUACGACUCAUUUUUACUGUGUUCUCGCAGUUAAUAACUGCAGCUAUUAUGUUACUAACAGCUUGUUUGUACUUUAUUUUUGUUUAUACCAGUCUUAAAGCUACAGGUUCUGAAUAAAAAAAAUUGAAUUCAUACA